UAAAAAUCGCUAGAAUUGUUAAAUAAAACGUUAAAGAGACAUCACUUGUAAGACGCCAUGUUUUAAAAUAAAAAUAUUAAAAACAAAUAUUUUUCUAGAAGAAAAUUGUUUUAAUAUUUUUAAUAAAAAUUUCGAUAUAAAGUUUUCAAAAUGGGAAGACGUAAAUCAAAGAGAAAGCCACCGCCAAAACGUAAAAAUAUUGAACCUUUAGAUCAACAGUUUAAUUGUCCUUUUUGUAAUCAUGAAAAGUCGUGUGAAGUUAAAAUGGAUAAAGGCCACAAUGCGGCGCGUAUAAGUUGUCGUGUUUGUCUUGAGGAUUAUCAAACAACAAUUAAUUUCCUAUCAGAACCUUUAGAUGUUUACAAUGAUUGGGUGGACGCUUGUGAAACAGCUAAUUAAACUAAGACAUAUUCUCUUACUGUAAGAUAAUUUAAUUUCCAUUAAAUAUAAAAUAUUAGUUAAACAAAAGAUUUCGCUCACAAUUAAUAAAAUAAAACACGGUAACCGGACAAAGGCAAGAGACAAGUUUGCCAAUUAAAUAAA